UUUCAGCAAGAAAAUAUUCCAGGGAAAUCCUUUGAGGAUGAUCCCACACGCAACUGCAUUUUCAGUUAUUUCUGUGCUCUUUCUAAAGUCACAAAACUAACAGCUCCAGGAGCAAUCGUAGCAUUGGUGUACAUUGAACGCCUUUUAACUAAUGCUAACAUCGAUCUUUGUCCUACUAAUUGGAAACAAAUUGUCCUCGGAGCCACGCUUCUGGCCUCAAAGUUUUGGGGAAAUCAUUGUCACUGGAGUGCGGAUGACAGCCAGAAUCCCAAGGAUGUUGCAGUUGAGACAAUGAGUAAGAUGGAGAAGAGUUUUUUGGAGCUACUUGAGUUUAAUAUUCAUGUGUCUGCCAGUGUUUAUACGAAAUAUUACUUUGACCUGCGUGCCUUGGCAUACGACCAUGACCUGUGUUUUCUAUUUAGUUUUCUUCGCAAAGAUAAAGCAGAGAGAUUGAAGGCUAUGUCACCGCCAUGUGAAUACAAAGACUUGCAUAAAGAUGUCGCCACUAUGAGAAGGGCCGCCAGCAUGGAUUUCAUCGCUAUUCGGCAUACUAAUGCCAUCUUACCUUAAAGACAGAAAUUAGCAUUAUAAGAUCCUGGACUCGUCAACUGUAAAGACUACAAAAUAUCACUUCUAUUGCUGAAAAAGUCCAGGAAAAUUAGGAUCUUCUUUUUUUAUGUUUUUUUUUAAAAUUUUUCUUGUUGUCGUUGUUGCUAUUGUUGAUUUUGUUGUUGUUGAUUAGGAUUUUCAUAGAGCACAGAUUUCUUCAGAUAACCACACUGUGAAGCUGGGUGAUGGUGGCAUGAACAGUGGGUGCCAGGUGCUACCUGCCCUUCUUGUUCCACUGAGUCCAGAUGGCAUUCCUAGGGCACUACCUUCUUGAACAACUCUUGGGGAAGACUACUGUCACAUGGACACACCACAUCCCAGUGCAGAGUCAACAGUCACCCACAGUCCCAAGCAGGUGACAAUCUGAACUGAGCUGGAAUUCAAAAAACUAUAGAAUUGGCCCCAGAUUUGUGAGAGUGCCUGGGUUUGGAUCUCUGUCCACAGAGGCACUGAAUGCACGAUGGCCCGAAACAACAAGUGUGGGAAGAUAGAAUGCAUGGGGACAAGGCUGUCAUUACUCCAAGUUCCAUGGGGGCUCAGGCCUGUUCAUCUCGUCUUUGAAGGGAAUCUGUAUAUGUGAAAUGAGGCUCCCACCUCAUGGUAAUAAAGGGAGAGAUGAAAUCAGCUCAUCUUCCCCCAGGCCCAUACUGGUCAUACCAAAACACAGAGUCUUGCUGUGUUGCCAGGCUGGAGCACAGUGGCGAGAUCUC